CAGUUAAAAAUAAACUAAACUAGUUUCAACUUGCAAGGCUAUAUAUAAAUGAGUGUGAGGUCUUGUUGCCAUUGCCAUUACCAUCUCUGCAAAUAGAUCUUGUCCACACUACAUCGGUAUCAGAUCCAAAAGCAUUCAAUUCAUCUGAGGGAAACUCCAAAAGCCUCUUUCUUAUAGGCUUCCGAGAAAAUAUUAAAGAAGGUGAAAUUUGGAGGCUCGUCAUUCAGGACUAUUCGGCAUGUUCAGGUCAUCUCAGAGGAGCCCGAGAUCCAAGGGCUUCAAGGUGAAGCAUGCUGUACAAAUAUGUGUUGUGCUAGCCCUUUGCAUCUGGCUGGUUUAUCAAUUCGGACCCAGCCGCCACAAGGAAGCAUCUAUUAGCACUGAGGUUGUCAAGUUAGGGAGGAAGGACCUCACCCCUAAUGUGGAGCAACCUUCUGUUGUAGAUGCAAGGCACAGAGAGGAAGAGGAUGAAGAAAUCAAGCAUGAAGAGCAAAAAAAACCAGAUGAUGUUAAUGGUGUGGAAGAUGAAAGCAUGAAGCAGAAUAACAAUGAAGACAAUUUUGAGCACGCACAGGAUUCAGCAGAUCAAGGGACUGAAGAGAGAUCCGAAAAUGCUAUGAUGGAAAAGGAAAAUGAGGAUCAUGACGAUAAGGUAAACAAGGAGAGUGAUACUGAAACGAAGGAGAGUGAGGGUAACAAAACUGAGGGGGAGGACAAAGAAAAUAAAGAGAACAAUGAGCAAGAGAAAGAAGAGAACAAAACUGAAGGGGAGGACAAAGAAAAUGGAGAGAAGAGUGAGGAAAAGAAUCAACAAGAGAAUGAAGAUAAUAAAACUGAGGCGGAGGACAAAGAAAAUGGAGGGAAAAGUGAGGAAAAGAAUCAGCAAGGGAAUGAAGAUAGCAAAACUGAGGCGGAGGACAAAGUAAAUGCAGAGAAAAGUGAGGAAAAGAAUCAGCAAGAGAGCAACGAUAACAAAACUGAGGGAGAGGGCAAAGAAAGUGGAGAGAAAAAUGAAGAACAGAAUCAACAAGGAAAUGAAGAGACAAAGACAGACAAUAAGGAGAAUGAAGAUACCAACCAAGACAGAAGUGAAGCUAAAGAUGGAGAGAAAGAUAGCAAAGAAGAAGACAAGGAGGAAAGCAAAGCAACAGAAAAUGAAAAAGACAAUGAAAAGAUUGAGGAGGUGGCUUCAUCUGAAGGUAGGCUGCAAGAUGGGGAUAAUGCCUCCACUGCUGAAAACAAAGAAAACAAUGAGUCAAUCCCAAAUGUAACAGAAUCAGUGAAUGACUCUACUGUCAAAACAACCAACCAAGAAAACAGUAGCGAGAAUCAGGCUGAGACAGAAAAUGAUUCACAGAAGAGUUCCAAUACUGCUGGGUCAGAUGAGCAGCAGCAGAAUAAUCCCUCAGGAGACAAUGCAAACACCGACGUGGAGGAAACCAGCCAGACAAAUUCCGAAGAUUCUAAGUCAGAUGCGUCGAGGCAACAAGCUGAUUCCGCUUCAACAGAUUCAUCAGGAACUCAUGAGACCAAUGCGGCCAACGGCGAAUACAAGGACACAUCCGGAAGUUCUGCUGAGGGUGAAAACCACGGCAACAAUUCCAGCCAAGAAGGGGUAACUGUGAACAAAGAUGCUGGCCAAGACCAAGAGGUUCAGCUUACUUCCACUGAUGCUUCAUCCGAAGAGAAGAAGGAUGAAUCCUCCAGGUCAGAGAAUAGCGCAGAAUCCGGGGAGAAUGACAACAUCAGUUCUGCUCAGACCAACACAAACGGUGACAACAGAAGUGCUAAUGAUGACACAAAUGCUAACCAAACCAACUCCUCCGAACAAAACACAGAGGGAUCAACAAAUUCCGAAAGUAGUAACAAUGCUGGGCAGAAUAACUCAGAUGGCAAUGAAAACGGAGGUGAUAGUCAUGAUGUGCCAGUAAAUACUUCUGAUUCUUCCAGUUCUGAGAAGAAAGACGCAUCCUCUGAGAAUAAUAGUGCUGACAGAAUCAAGGUUGAGAAUGAGAACAAUGUUGAGGAGAAGAAGAGUGAAAAUGAAGAAGGAACUCAACAGGAAUCAGGGGAAUCACAAAAAGAGAAAGAUGAGUCAGCAAACACAGAUGAUCAUGGCAACUCUCAGCAGAAUGAUCAAGGCAACUCUGAUUCUUCAAACUCUCAGAGCGCGGCAUAGAUAUGGGAACCAUUCCAGGAACAAAUACAGAAAUAAGGGAGGUAUGAUGUCACUGCUGCAAAAUGGUAAUUUAAAUAAAUGAAUUGUAUCCUCUGCUUUCUUCUUGUAAUCCUAGUAAUUCUUUUGAUUUCCUUACGUGACCAAUAUGUAUCAAAUUUUUGUUUUCUAUAUUUGAUCAUUGCUAAUUGCAAUUUGCAUUGGCAAGAUUGUCCACAGAAGAUAUCAAUUUGCUUUA